AAGACGCAGUAUUUACGACUUUGUUUUGUUUCUAGCGGAGACCCCGAGUCCCCGGAGCUUCUUGUAAAAACCCGGAGGCUGUCGGAAGCGACGCGGGGACACACAUGGGGAAGUCUCGGGAUUUAAGUGAGUUUGAGCGGGGGAUGAUCGUGGGGGCACGCAGCGCCGGCUGCAGCAUCUCGGAGACCGUGAAGCGACUCGGCUUCUCCAAGACCGCCGUGUCCCGGGUUUACCGGGAAUGGUGCGAGAAGCGGAAGACGUCAAGCCACCGGGGGUCCUGCGGGAGGAAGCGGCUCGUCGACGAGAGCGGCGAGAAGAGGAUGGAGAGGGUGGUGGAGGCGAACAUCCAGGCGACGAGCGAGCAGAUCCAGACUCUAUACAACAGCAGCGCCCCGGAGAAGCCCAUCUCGCUCGCCACCACCCGCCGGACCCUCAAGCGGCUCGGGUACAGCCGCAAGACGCAGCGGCGGGACUCGCUCAUCGUGGCCGGUCUGGAGGCUCUGGCCGUGUACGCGUCCUGCCCACAGCUGGAGACCGAUACGAACUUGGUGUGCAUGGUCCAGGGGAACCCGGACUCAAAGACCCAGUCCCCUACAGGUGUUGUGUUCAGGAACCAGGGUGACCCGGACUCAAAGACCAAGUCCUCCACUGGGGUUUUGUUCAGUGACCAGGGUGACCCGGACUCAAAGUCCCAGUCCACUACAGGUGUUGUGUUCAAGGACCAGGGUGACCUGGCCCCAAAGUCCCAUUCCUCCACAGGUGUUGUGUUCAGUGACCAGGGGGCUCCGGCCCCAAAGACCCAGUCCUCCACAGGUGUUGUGUUCAGGGACCAGAAUGAGCAACACUCAGAGACCCAGUCCUCCACGGAUGUUGUGUUCAGGGACCAUGAUGCUGUGUGCAAUGAUGAGAAUGACCCAGAAUGAAAUAUUGAGUCCCCUAACAAACUCUGACUGCAGCAUGGAGACUCAACCUGGACUGUUCAUGUAGUAAAAAAAGGGUAUACCUUCUUUAGAGAUUAGAUAAUAAAUCAGCUUUCUGAGUGCAUUUCUAUGUGAACAGAAUAAUCUGUGCAUACUGAACUAUGCACCACCAGAACAUGUAACAUUAACUCACCGAGCCCUGAGGGCAUGGAUCCACAAAAUUAUGCUCCAUGUUGACAUGACUGCAAUGCACCACAUCAUAUCUGCAGAUGUUCCAGCUGCACAAUGAUUCUGCCAAUUUCCUGUUCUACCAAAUCCCAGAGGUGUACUAUAGAGUCACAUUUGGGUCACUGAUGUUCUGAGACAUCAACAUUCUCAUAUUGACCUUAUAAAAUCGGAAUAAUGUAAACAGCAUUUUUUUGAUGACCUUUACCUGAAUAAGGUCAUUAUUGGAAUACACCAUCAUCGAAUUAAGACGUGGCGUAUUCAGACUGUAGCCUCAUUAUUCAGACAUGUGCAUUGUUAUCACAUUAAAAUGUUUUAUUAGAUCUUUAACAGCAUUUUCAUGAGCCCAAUAAAUUAUUUUUUUGCUUUA